AUCCGUGGCAAAGGGCUUGACUGGCCCCUGGUCGUGAAGGACUUCAACCUGCUGCGCUGGCUCGGGGCGAACUCUUUCCGCACAAGCCACUACCCCUAUGCUGAGGAGAUCAUGGACCUGUGCGAUGCCUACGGCAUCGUUGUGAUCGACGAGUGCCCGGGAGUGGGGAUUAAAAUGCCCGAGAGCUUUGGGAACAAGUCCUUGCAGCAUCAUCUUCUUGUGAUGGAGGAGCUGAUCCGCAGGGAUAAGAACAGGCCGUCAGUCGUGAUGUGGUCAGUAGCCAAUGAGCCAGCAUCGGAGCUGCCCCCAGCAGCUUACUACUUUAAGACAGUGAUAGCUCACACUAAAGCUCUCGAUCCCUCCAGACCAGUAACCUUUGUGACAGAUGCUAAUUACGCUCUUGAUCGUGGUGCUCCCUAUGUGGAUAUAAUUUGUGUAAAUAGCUACUUCUCCUGGUAUCAUGACCCAGGCCACCUGGAAGUUAUUCCACUACAACUCACAACACAGUUUGAGAACUGGUAUAAAACCUAUGAAAAACCCAUUAUCCAGAGUGAAUAUGGAGCAGAUUCAGUUCCUGGACUUCACAGUGACCCACCUCUUAUGUUCAGCGAGGAGUAUCAGAAAGCUAUGCUAAAGGAGUACCAUUCUGUUUUUGACAAAAAGAGGAAAGAGUAUGUGAUUGGGGAGCUCAUAUGGAAUUUUGCUGAUUUCAUGACUAAUCAAGGGACCACACGUGUUUUGGGGAACAAGAAAGGAAUAUUUACCCGCCAACGACAGCCCAAAUCAGCUGCAUUUGUUCUUAGAGAAAGAUACUGGAAGAUUGCAAAUGAAUCACGCUGUCUUCCUCCCAUAACAAAAUCACAUACUCUCUUUCUAAAAUGAAAUCAAAAGGUAUAGUGGCUGGGUACUAUGCUGAACUUGUUCAUUAAAUUUCUGUCUAAAUA